UAAUGUACAUUAUGCAUUAAAACAUAUACAUUGGGUUGUAUUUAUCAAUUUCGGGUCGGUUAGAGUUACCCAUUAUUUUAAGCGUGCGAAUAAUGCAGACGGCAAGGAAAGUGCGAAGAAGACAAACUCGCCGUUGAGUGGGAUCAUCAAUCGUCAUUCAGAUAGACAAUUGGAUCGAUUCAUCAGCUUCAAUUCGUAUCUCGUUUUUCGAAUCUCAUAUCAAAAGAGAUAAAAUAAAUGGCUUCAUCUACAGAUCCCUGGGUGAGGGAAUAUAAUGAAGCUUCUAAACUUGCGGAUGAUAUCACCAGCAUGAUAUCUGCGAGUAGUUCAUUAGGCUCAGGGCCAGAAGCACAGCGUCAUUCAUCUGCUACACGGAGGAAAAUUACAAUAUUAGGAACCAGACUCGAUAGCUUACAGUCUCUUCUAACAAAGCUUCCUGCAAAACAGCCCUUAACAGAGAAAGAGAUGAACAAACGUAGAGACAUGCUAACAAGUUUGAGAACAAAGGUUGCUCAGAUGGCCUCUUCAUUGAACAUGUCAAACUUUGGUACUAGGGACAGUUUACUUGGGCCGGAUACUAAGCCACCCGAUGCAAUGAGCAGGACAACUGGUUUGGACAACUCUGGCAUUGUUGGGCUUCAAAGACAAAUCAUGAGAGAGCAAGAUGAAGGCCUAGGGAAACUGGAGGAGACAGUGAUAAGUACCAAACAUAUUGCACUGGCAGUCAACGAGGAACUUAAUUUGCAUACUAGGCUCAUUGAUGACCUUGACGAACAUGUGGAUGUCACGGAUUCCCGACUUAAGAGAGUGCAGAGGCACCUGGCGAUUCUGAAUAAACGCACAAAGGGUGGUUGCUCGUGCUUAGGCAUGUUGUUGUCUGUUAUUGGGAUCGUUGUUCUAGUUGUUGCUAUAUGGAUGGUUUUAAAAUAUCUGUGAUAACAAUCACGUGUAACAAAUUUAUAAAUAUCAAAUAUAUAUAUAUAGAUUUCAUGUUUAUUCAAGAUUCUUGACCUUGUGAUCAGUUGUAUUUCUACUUUUGACCUUUCUUUGUAUUAUAACUUUUGGUUCAGUUAAACAAAUUCAAGCA